AUGUGUGAUGAAUUUGGAAUUUUAUUUGCUGACUUGAUUGUUAAAUUAAAAGAUAUGAAAUCUGGUUUAGUUUAUAAUCCGGUUGCUAUUAAACUUUUGUCAAUAGUUACAUCAGCAUUUCGAGAAUCAAAACAGUAUAUAAUUCCAGAUAGUCGAGAUCCAAAAUGGCCAUGGCCAUCAAUAUUGACAUGUAAAGAUGCUGUUGAAUAUCACAAAGUUGGACUAGAUGGGAUACAUUUAAUUGCUAGACCAAAUGCUGUUGAAGCUGUUAUUCUUUGGCCCAGAUACAUUGAAAAAAAAGAUUCACCAUUUUUGAAUUGUUUUGAAAAACAUAUGGUAGAUAUUCAUCAGUUAAUUCAACCUAUACAUUGGACAAUAACACGAGAAUUAUUAGCAUGGUUAAGUGGAUUUUUAGAGUUAUCAACAGUCACAACAGUAAAACAUUUUAUUCUUAUACAACAUAUGAUAGCUAAUUUUAAUUGUCACUAUAUAUGUAAUCUUGUUAUUGAUCAUUAUAAACAAGACGAACAAGAAUCUACUAUUAAAUAUUGUAAAGAUAAAUUUAUAUGUGCUAGUUCAUUUGAUUUUGUACUAAUGUUAAAAUUAAAUCAUCAAGAAAAUUCAUCAUUGAUUCAACAAUAUCAUGAUAGGAAAAAAAUUAGUUUUGACGAUAUAAUCAUAGACAUUCUUGAAAAUAAAAAUAAGAAUAAAUAUGGACAAAUUAUUUAUACCUAUACACAAAUAUAUGAGACAAUUCAUUAUCCUAAUAUAUUAGACAAUAAUAUUGGCGAAGUAAAAUUGGCCAAUUUUAAAUCACAAUUAGAAUUGAUUAACAAGGUUAAACAAUAUUACCAACCAUCAAUGCAAAAAUCAUUAUUAAUUAUUUGUAUUGAUUAUGAUAAAGAAAAAAAUCAUUUAUUAUUACUUAAACGU